GCUCACGCUGCUUUACUCACUCGCGGAUCACUCGUGGAGCAGCGCGCACUUAUUUAACCUGGAACACCGCGCUCGUGCUAGCUGACUGGCUGGCUGGCUGGCUGGCUUAUUUCGUCGCUGAAUCAUUUGGAUUCGAAACUCGCGCGGAUUACGGUGUCGUCGUCGUCGUCGGUCGCCGUUUUCGUACGUCGAUUGAGUGCUGUGCGAGAAAGUGUUGCUUGUGACUCGUUUCGAUUGCUUUCGGUGCGGUUCAGUGCGUAUCAAAAGACUCCCGCUUCACAAUGCGCGCAUCGAGUGCUUCCCGGGCGGGAGCGAUCCUGUUACUCUUGGGACUGGUGGCCGUGCUGGCACCACAGCCCACCCGCAGCCAGUGCCUCUCGGAUGACGAUAAAAAGUCGGACGCGCUGAAUGUGAAGCAAUCACACGAACGACUCUACAAGGGCGAAUCGAUCUUCACGCUGCAGCUGCUGGAUGCCAUCAACACGGCGACACCGAACGAGAACAUCUUCUUCUCGCCCUACAGCCUGUACAAUGUGCUGCUGAUGAUGUACUUUGGAGCACGCGGUAACACCGAUAAGCUGCUCCGCACCGGGUUGAACCUACAGUGGACGGACAGCAAGGCGACGGUGCAGGACGCAUACGAUGGUGCCCGUCGUUCGCUCGUUGGCCGGUUCCGUGAAAGCUCAGCUAUCGGAUUCAGCUCGGUCGAUAAGCUGUUCUUUGGUAGCCACAUUCCGAUCGCUCCCUGCAUGCGCGAGAAAUUCGCCGAAACGAUUGAGCUGCUCGACUACGUUCAGGAUCCGGAAGGGCAGCGGGUGUACAUUAAUCGCUGGGUCGAGAAUGUUACCCGUGGUCAGAUCAAGGAUUUGCUCAUCCCUGGCGCGAUCACACAGAACACCAAGCUAGCUAUUGCCAAUGCGGCCUACUUCAAGGGCUCCUGGCAAACAAAGUUUAAGGCUGGUGAGACGAAGAAGGAAAUUUUCUACAGCUACGGUGGCCAGCAGGACUUUGUGGACAUGAUGCACGUCGAAGGCACGUUUAGCCAUGCUGCCAACGAGGAGCUCGGUUGCCACAUUCUGGAGCUGCCGUACAGCUUCGGUGGUCAGGAUGAGGAUAGCAACAGUGCCGGAAACAUGAAUCAGGUGUCGAUGUUUGUGUUCCUGCCACCGUACGAGCCAGAUUCGUUGUCGAAGCUGCUGGCACGGCUUGCCGCCAACACCGAUGUCCUGCACCAGGUCGUGAACGAUGGUAUCUCGCGUAAGGUUGAUGUGAAGCUGCCGAAGUUUAGCAUCGAGAAGCAGGUCGAGAUGAAGCCGGUCCUGGACCGGCUCGGUAUGGGCAAGCUGUUUGAUCAGUCGGCCAACUUCACCGGUUUUACGGCCGGCCAGGAACCGAUCUGGUUCGAUGAGAUACUGCAGAAGUCGAAGAUCGAGGUCAAUGAGGAGGGUUCGGUGGCCGCCUCGGCUACGGUUGCGUUCAGCUUCCGAUCCUCGCGCCCUGCCGAUCCGGCCAUGUUCCACUGCAACCAUCCGUUCGUGUUCGUCAUCUACGACUUUACGAGCCGUUCCGUCCUGUUCAACGGUGUCUACCGUCAGCCGGAGAAGUAGAGUUUGAGCUGGAGAAGGGCCACUGGAUUAUUGGUUAAUUUAUUUAAGAAUCGUCCCCUAAUCGAAGGAGAAAGCUAGACAAGACAAAUAUGAGGGUUCCGAGUGAGGUGAAGCGGAGCGGAGCGAAGUGAGGACCAAAGGAAGUAACGAAGGAUAUUUGACACAAAAGAUACCCCCGGGGAGCUGCAGAGAGGGCCUACGGUGGCUGCCGUUCCUUGUGAGUUGAGGGGUGCACCUCAUCGCGAUUCCCCCGAUUUUUUUAAAAUAAUUUACUACGAAUAGUUUACUUUUACAAAGAGAAUAAAAAAAAACAAGACAAAUCUGAAAACAUAA